UGGAAGUCGCAAUUGACUUCGGGAAACAAAUCAUUGAAGAAAUUUCCUGUCUUUUUUUUGUUCUUUUCUGAUCCCUCUACUUCAAUCUUCUUGCUCACGGGAAAGAGAGAGAGAGAGAGAGGGGUGGUGCUGUGUGGACAAACACACAUCUACCUGUUGCAGUAUUGGGUUCCGUUGCGUUCUUGAAUUUGGGUUGUUUUGCAAUUCAAAUUGGUGGUUGCCAAGUGAGACAUUUAGAGCUGCUGACUCUUUUUCUUCAUCUGAUUAGCUGGGUUUUGGGUACUUGAGAUGAACUUGUGUUUACAUUGUAUGUAAUUAAGGGAUUAGAGUGAAGAAGGUCAGAAUGUCGUGGAAGAACAGAGGAACGGAGUCAACUUCGAGGCAUUCUGUUUCAAGAAAACUCACCAUUUUCCUCUGUGUUGGAUGCUUUUUUGCUGGGAUGCUGUUCACCGACAGGGGCCGGUUAGGCGAUGAUGGCUUUCAGCUUUAUUGGAUUGAUGUGGAAUCCAUUUAUAGAGUACGAGAUCACUUUAGAGUGUCAAAUGAGCUGCGUGCUGCGUGUGAUAACUCACCGUUUGCUAGGGGCAAAAACAUGGGAUUAUGGACCGAUUUCAUAAUGUACGGGUUGCCAAAGAUUUCGGGAUCCAAGUACCAAUUAUCAUUGAGAAUGUGGGCAGUGCCAGAAGCAAAAGACAUAUCACAGACGACAGGGGUGGCAAACGAUAAGCUUAAGUUAGAUUCAGAUAAUUGGGAUCGAAAAGUUGAUGCACGAGGUCAGGCCAAGGAUGUAUUAGGGGAAGUUUCAAAGACACAUCAUGCUAUACAGACCCUGGAUAAAACAAUUUCGAACUUGGAGAUGGAAUUAGCUGCAGCAAGAGCAGUACAGGAUUCCUUAGUUGGUGGUUCCCCCGUAUCCCAAAACCUAAAGAUGCCUGAAUUGGCCAAGAAAAGGAAAUACUUGAUGGUAGUGGGCAUUAACACUGCUUUUAGCAGUCGGAAGAGAAGAGACUCGGUGCGUGCUACUUGGAUGUUACAAGGUGAUAAGCGCAAAAAGCUUGAGGAAGAAAAGGGCAUCAUAAUCCGAUUUGUCAUUGGUCACAGUACGACAUCAGGUGGUAUUCUUGAUAGAGCCAUCGAAGCAGAAGAUAAGAAACAUGGAGACUUUUUGAGACUGGAACAUGUCGAGGGUUACCUUGAACUAUCUGCCAAGACAAAGACCUUUUUUAUCACUGCUGUUACACUCUGGGAUGCUGAUUUCUAUGUGAAAGUUGAUGAUGAUGUACACGUAAACAUAGCGACACUGGGAGGGACUCUAGCUAGGCAUCGGUUGAAACCAAGGGUGUAUAUUGGAUGCAUGAAAUCUGGUCCUGUCCUGGCUCAAAAGGGAGUGAGAUAUCAUGAGCCUGAGUAUUGGAAAUUUGGUGAGCAAGGAAACAAGUAUUUCCGGCAUGCUACAGGGCAAAUAUAUGCUAUCUCUAAGGACUUGGCUACUUAUAUAUCAAUAAACCAGCACAUACUGCACAAGUAUGCUAAUGAGGAUGUCUCGCUGGGAUCUUGGUUCAUUGGAUUGGAUGUAGAGCACAUAGAUGACAGAAGACUAUGUUGUGGAACAACUGAUUGUGAGUGGAAGGCUCAGGCGGGCAACAUGUGCGUUGCGUCCUUUGACUGGAGCUGCAGUGGAAUUUGUAAUUCUGCAGAUAGGAUAAAGGAGGUGCACCGACGAUGUGGGGAAGGUGAGGAUUCUCUGUGGGCUGCCGAUUUCUGACCAUGCUCUAAAAUCAGCGGAGCUACACCUACAAAGGUAAAUGUCAAAAUCCUCCACGGAUACCUGCUCUCUAAACACGGCAUUAUCGUAUUUGUCCUAUCUCAGGACAAUGUUUGUUAGUAUAUAAGUUACGAAACUAUGUUCUUAUAUAGUAUAUGUACAAUAUAUACAUAUAUAUAUAUACACACCUGUAUUAUAUAGAGAUGAGAGAGAGAGAGGCUGCAAGAGAAAUCUCCGAGGGGAUAGAUGACUCUAGCAACUUUAGUUCAGAAUUACCAAUUAGGAACAAAUGUAACAAGUGUUGCUGGAUCAUUAAACAGACUUAGUAGAACUGGUAAUAAGUGUUAUAUUAUUCAGCAAGUAUUUCCUGCCUUUUCGCUUUUCAACGUGAAGUAG